AUGGCUGCUUUGCUUGGCUGCCGUACAAGGUCAUCGUCGUGCCAGAUCUCCGAUGGUGAUGUGUUUGAAGUCAAUGUGAAUAGAUUACCAUGCACCACAUAUGCUGUGGAGCAUUCAAUCAACAUGAUUCGUGCUUCAUUGUUAGCUCUUGUUAUCUUGGGAUCUUCAUUUUCUAUGAAUGUCCUCGUUUGGAGUCCUAGUAUUGGUCAUAGUCAUGUGCGCUUCAUGGGUAAUAUAGCUGACAUCUUGGUUAAGGACGGAUACAACGUGACUGUAUUCACGCCAAUAAUGGAUCCUCAUGUGCAUGUGAUUGGCCAUCAGUCAGCUACAAAACAGUUACUGUUUCAAUCUAAAUACUACGAUCCAAAUGAAUGGCUCACACUUGACUUUAAAGGCGGGUUUUGGGAAGCGCCAAAGGUGGAAGGUCGCUGUAUGAACAUGGAUGAUAUGGAUAAAUUCAGAGAAUUGAAUUACAAAAUAUGUAAAGGUUUGUUGGACGAUGCUACAAUACUCAGUACUCUUCGAGACUGCCAUUUUGAUAUUGCACUCCAUGAAAUGUACGACUACUGCGUCGUAGCUAUUCUUGAGAUGAUUGGCAUCAAAAAUACCAUAGUCGUUUCGGCACUGGGCGUCACUCCACAUGUGCAAACGAUUGCAGGAUUUCCAUCGAACCCCAGUUUUGUUCCGGGAAUGCUCACCACCUAUAGUGAUGAGAUGUCCUUUUGGGAACGUUUGGAUAAUUUCAAAUUGGGUAUCGAAACGCGCAGCAGUGACGCUGACGCUGAAAGGGAUAUAUGGAACUUGGUUAAUGAAUACAGACCUGGUUUUCCUGAUCUGUCAUCACUGGUGAAGCAGAAAACCGGAGUUGUUUUGUUGAAUUCCAAUGAAGUGACCGAAACUCCUCGACCAACAGCAAAUAUACUGCGUUAUAUCGGUGGAGCGACUCUUCAUGAGCCGAAGAAGUUGCCUGUGGAACUUGAUGCGUUAUUGGACGAACGUCCCAAAACCGUUUUGUUCUCCUUGGGUUCUCUUGCUCAGUCAAAGGACAUGCCUUUGAGAUUGAAACAGGAAAUAAUAGCUGCUUUUGCUUCUUUUCCCAACACAACUUUCGUAUGGAAAUAUGAGGAGGAAAAUGAUGCUUUACUCUUUGAAAAAUAUCCAAAUAUUCAUACUAUGAAAUGGGUGCCUCAAACUGAUUUGCUUGCUGACCAGCGGCUAUCGCUAUUCAUCACGCAUGCCGGCAUGAAUUCUGUUCUUGAAGCCGUGUUCUCUGGCAAACCUAUGGUCGCGAUUCCACUCUUCGUAGAUCAGAUUUUGAAUGCUAAAAAUAUGCAAAGCCGUGGUCUAGGUGUCAUGGUCGAUAAACAUGAUCUUAAUAGGGACACGCUAAUCGCGGCACUCCGUGCAACACUGUUUGCUAAUAGCACUUAUGCUCGCAAGGCAGCGAGCGUAGCCAAGUAUCUUCAUGGACGUCCAGCUGCAGCUCGCGCAGAAAUUUCCCACUGGGUGAAGCUAGUUGCAGAAGAGGGCCUUUUGGACCAUUUAGUCAUGAGAUCUAGAGAAAUGUCCUUCCUAACAUACUAUUGUAUAGAUAUCAUAGCGUACCUGGGUGUUCAGUAUAUAAUUAUCUUUUUUCUUUUAUACAAGGCCUUGAAAUUUGUUUACAUACAAAUCUGCAGAUUUAUUAUAAAAUUCAAAGCAGAAUAAAUGAUUUAUUGACUCUGAAAA